CUUCUGAGGACGGUGACCGCACGCUCCCAAUGGACUCCAGGAACCACGGGACACACACGAUGCUGCUGCUGUGUCUGGCGGCGCUGCUCGCUGUCUGCUUCGCUCAAGACACCGACUACACUCCUCCCAAGGUCCAGGUGUACAGCCGCCAGGCGGGAGAGUUCGGCAAAGAGAACACCCUGAUCUGCCACGUGAGCGGCUUCCACCCCCCCGACAUCUCCAUCGAGCUGAUGAAGGACGGCGAGGAGCUCCCCGAAGCCCAGCAGACCGACCUGGCCUUCGACCGGGACUGGAGCUUCCACCUCAUCAAGAACGUGGUCUUCACGCCGAGGAGGGAGGACAAGUACAGCUGCCAGGUCACACACGGGGCGGCGGCCAAGGACUACGCCUGGGACCCAAACAUGUAAAGCACAUGUCAGCGCCGUGCCGCCGCCGUGCCGCCGCCGUGCCGCCGCCGUGCCGCCGCCGUGCCGUCCUUCUCUCCGACCACAGCAGCCUCUAUUCUACAUCUCCAAUCAACAGAAUCACUGCUUCUCUUUUAAUCCACGAAUAAUCCAUUUCAUAUUUCGGUUUCAUUUCUGUUUAUAUAUAUAUUGUUAUUAUAUAUUAUAUGUUAUACUUGACACAUUACAGGCUCACCGCAUACUUUACAUGGCACAACUCUUUCCUUCUUGCACUGGUUUCCCAGUCAUACACAUAUAAUUAUAUAUUUUUUGUGUAAACAAUAAAAACAUAUAUAUAUAGAUACAGAUAUAAUUAUAUAUAUUUAUAUGUAUAUAUAUAUAUAUGUAUUGUGUUUAUAAAUAUAUAAAUAUGUAUAAAUAUAUACAGUAUGUUAUAUAUACAUAUAUAUAUAUUUGUGAAUUGUUUUACUACACUAUCUGAGUGAGAGGCUUUUUGUUUUUUGUCAAUGAGUUGGUCUUAGAAUACUUAUUUUCCAUCUUUUGGUAGUGAAAUGUGGGUGAAUGAAAAUGAAAUGUUUCUUGGUUUCUGUUCACUAAGUGAUUUAAUAACUCGAAUGAAUUUUUUCUACCUAGAUGAGCCGAUGAAAUGCAAAUUGAUCACGUUAUCUACAAUCUGGUACCGAGCAUCAAAUGGGGACAUUUAUGUUUUAACUGUACAUGGUCCCUUUUAAAUAAAGAUAAUUAUAAUAAUACAUUAAAAAUACGCAAUUUUGAUUUUGUAUUUCAGGUUUUUUGUCAUUUUCCCCAUACUAAAUAAAUUCCUCCGUAAAUCUC